AUGGAUGGUAGACCUGCCUAUGAGGGGACUCUUUCGGAGUCCCAGAUGUUGCGCCUGCUUCCAGAGCACCUUGCGGAGCUCUUACGCAGCGCUUCUGGGUCUCAGUAUUUAGACGCGCUCGCGCUUGCGGCGCUGGAACCCAACUGUACGGAAUGGGUAUUUUCAUCCCACGAGCCUCUUUUCGUGGAUUUGGCAGCCAGGUGGCUGUCGUUGGAUCCUCAGGUCCAUCAAUUUCGAGUCAUCUCGGCAUUCUCUCGAAUUCUGCCCUUUGCGCCAUUCCUCCGAUCUUUCGCUAGCCGCUGCGUCGCAGCGCAAGAUGGACCCUUGACUGCAUUGGCCACUUCUAGGGAGUUGAAGCUUCUCGAACUGGACGAUGUUACGAUCCGCACACUGCUUCUGGCGGUGUUUCGCCUAUUGUCUUUCGACCUGGAGUCGUUCUCGAGCGCCGUGUCGCCGCUUCAACUCCAGUCAUUGUUCCAGCACUCUGAUAGAUGCGUGCGCUACUUGGCUAUCCGCUGUUUCUGUUUAUAUAUGCAUGCCGCGGACGCAUCUACAGAGAAGAUGCUACAAGCUCAUAUCGGCGAUGGGCCCAUUGAGGGAGAAUGGGAGGGCAUCACCAUUGACUACAGGCUUGUCGGGCUGUGGGAAGAACGACGGUGGCAGACUCUUGACAAGAAUCUUCAGCAGAGACGCAGUUUACUAUCAGCAGAGGAUGCGCUGACUCAAGUAGAGAAAUUCAGAGCCCACCUGACAGCUCGUACUGCUGAUAUCGGUGGAGUUCUUGUUCCGAAAGUGCGAUGGGACGCGCCUGCUGCUGAAUCUGUUCUUGUGAAGACACCCACAGUCGUGCAAAAUCUCCAGAAGAUUGCCAAAGCACUGCUUCGGCCCAAGCCACUUCUCCUGGUUGGAUUGCCAAAUUCUGGGAAAACUUCCCUGGUCAAUGAUAUUGCAAAAACGAUGGGCCAAGGAUCAUCUAUGGUCACACUUCAUUUGAACGAGCAGACUGAUGCAAAGAGUCUGCUUGGGAUGUAUGCGACGUCUUCCAUGACUGGGGCUUUUGCGUGGCAGCCUGGAGUGUUGACAAAAGCCGCAAGAGAGGGCCGCUGGGUGUUGAUCGAAGACCUCGAUCGGGCUCCUUCAGAAGUCAUUGGACUCAUGCUUCCUAUUAUUGAGAAGGGAGAACUGAUUAUCCCAAGCAGAAAAGAACGGAUCAAAUGCGCGGAUGGAUUUAGAAUCGUUGCAACGAUGAAGUCCUCACUCAACAAUAAGGGAGAGGAAAUUGCUCCCGGUCAUGGUUUACUGGGCAUUAGGCAUUGGGAAAAAAUCCAGAUCAAUUCGUUACCUUUGGAUGAGAUCCGUGACGUAAUCAGUCAAAAGUAUCCUUUGCUGUCAUCGCGAGUGCCAACAUUAAUGGAUGUGUAUGAUCGACUCUGCUCCGCUUUUCACAGCAGUCUCGCGGUGAGAAGCUCCCAGGGAAGGACACCCGGCUUCCGUGACCUCAUUAAGCUAUGCAACAGAUUAAAUCGGAGACUUCAGCGUUUGGGUGCAAAGACCGGUAACGAAGCGACUCCUGAAAGUGUUCAGGAUGAGAUAUUUCUGGAUGCUGUGGACGUCUUCCUUCGUUAUCUCCCUGACAGAGCUCUCGGAAACAAGCUAUCGUCUGUUGUGGCAGAAGUGCUUCAACUAUCUCCUCAGAGAGCAGAGUUCUGCCUCCACGAGCGCACUCCUCCAUACGCAGAUCGUGACAGCAACCUUGUCCUUGGAAGAGAGUCUUUCACGAAAAUGAAGGUUUCCAAGAUGGCUAAACAGAAAUUUUCGGAAAGCUCCUCUCGGUUUGCUCCCACAAGAGCUGCUCUGAAAACUAUGGAGCAGAUUGCGGCAGCCGUGCAAGUUGCGGAGCCUGUCUUGCUUGUCGGAGAAACCGGCAUUGGUAAAACGGCUGUUAUUCAACAACUGGCGAGUCUGAUGCGCCAAAAACUCACUGUCGUGAACCUUUCACAGCAGAGUGAAAGCACAGACCUUCUUGGGGGCUUUAGACCUGUCAAUCUUCGCUCGAUGGCCGUUCCUCUGCUGGAUGAAUUUAACCAGCUAUUCGAGCUCACGUUUUCGGCGAAAAAGAACCAAAAGUUUCUUUCAUCUGUGGCAAAGAGUGUUACUGCAGGCAACUGGCCCCGGUUGGUCAAUCUUUGGCAUGAGGCCGUUCGCAUGGCCCAAGGCGUUUUUCGUGUGUCCCAAGAUGCCAGUCAACCGCAGACGGGCAACGAGGAACAGCCGUCAAAGAAGAGAAAGCUAGACUCGCCGAAGUACGUAGCUCUGCGGGAAAAGUGGGAGGCGUUUGCCGCUCAAUUGAAGGAAUUCGAGGCCCACGCAACCAGAGGGGAUUCGAAAUUUGUCUUUGCCUUUGUCCAGGGAAAGAUCGUUCGGGCUCUGAGAAACGGCGAAUGGGUCCUGUUAGACGAGAUCAAUUUAGCUACUCCCGAUAUACUGGAGAGUAUCGCGAGUCUGCUCCAUCAUGGUGAUGAGGGCCGGCCGUCUGUACUGCUCUCGGAAGCCGGAGAUGUUGAAAGGGUUUAUGGGCAUCCAGACUUCCGCAUAUUUGGAGCUAUGAACCCCGCUACCGAUGCAGGAAAGAGGGACUUGGCUCCUGGGCUACGUUCUCGGUUUACGGAAAUUUACGUUCAUUCCCCAGAUAGCGACUUCGAUGAUCUGCUUGGUCUGAUUCAGACUUAUCUAGGAGAUCUGACGAUCGGCGACCUUCGCUUGCCAUCAGACCUUGCUCAUUUGUACCUGAAAACGAAGCAGUUGGCAGUGGAGAAUAGACUUACGGAUGGAGCUGGACAGCGACCGCACUUCAGUAUUCGUACGCUAGUGCGAACCCUCAUCUACGUCGUCGAUCAUGUGCAUAUUUACGGAAUUCGACGGGCUGCAUAUGAGGGCUUUUGCAUGAGCUUCUUGACACUUUUGAGUCAAGAGUCAGAGAAGCUAGUCGCACCGCUCAUUGAAAAGUAUAUAUUCGAUACCGCCAAGAAUGCGAGGUCACUUCUCAGCCAGACACCUAGACCGCCUAAUGAUGGUCAUGAGUAUGUGCAGUUCAAGCACUACUGGAUGAGGAAGGGUCCCUUCACCCCAGAAAAACAGCCUCAUUAUAUCAUCACUCCAUUCAUUGAGAAAAACCUGAAGAAUCUGCUAAGAGCCAGCUCGACCCGGCGGUUCCCGAUUCUGCUACAAGGGCCGACCUCUUCAGGAAAGACAAGCAUGGUCGAAUAUCUGGCAAAGAUCUCUGGAAAUAAAUUCGUCCGCAUCAACAAUCACGACCACACGGAUUUGCAAGAAUACCUGGGUUCUUACGUGUCUGGUGACGACGGGACAUUACGUUACCAGGAAGGUAUACUCGUGGAAGCACUGAGGAAUGGAUAUUGGAUUGUCCUCGACGAACUCAACUUGGCACCUUCGGACGUGUUAGAGGCGCUGAAUCGCCUUCUAGACGACAACAGAGAACUGUUUCUGCCGGAAACGCAGGAAGUCAUUCACCCGCACCCAAACUUUAUGCUCUUUGCCACGCAAAAUCCUGCUGGUCUGUAUGGCGGACGGAAGGUCUUGUCACGCGCCUUUCGAAAUCGGUUCCUUGAAUUGCACUUUGACGACAUCCCCGAGGACGAGUUGGAGUUUAUCCUUAAAGAAAGAAGCCAGAUCGCACCUUCUUUCUGUACCAGAAUUGUUUCUGUUUACAAGAAGCUUUCUAUGUUAAGACAGUCUAGCAGACUCUUUGAGCAAAAGAAUAGCUUCGCUACCCUGCGUGAUCUCUUUCGAUGGGCCCUUCGUCGGGCUGAUGAUCGCGAGCAAUUGGCCAUUAAUGGGUUCAUGCUACUUGCAGAAAGAGUUCGCAAUCCGCAGGAAAGGGAAGCUGUAAAGAAGGUGAUAGAAGAGGUGAUGCGGGUUCACAUCGAUGAAGAUGCCAUUUACAGCUCUUCUGAGCUGGAGAAGCGCACGCUUAAUCGGACUCUUCCAGACGGGAUCGUUUGGACAAAGGCAAUGAGGCGUCUCUUCAUCCUAGUUUCACAGGCACUUGAGAACAACGAACCUGUGCUUCUAGUGGGUGAAACUGGCUGUGGGAAGACCCAGCUUUGCCAGGCAGUGGCAGAUACCCAUGGCAAGGAGCUCUUCACAGUUAACGCCCAUGUCAAUCUAGAGACGGGUGAUCUGAUAGGUGCCCAAAGACCACUGAGGAAUCGAUCUGCAAUCGAAAAACAGCUGCUGGACGAUUUGCGAGCUCUCAUGCGGGACCUACCAGGACUCGGCGAGGAUGUCGAGGCCAAAAGUCUGGAUUUGCUGAAAGAGAUGUUUUCUCAAUUGAGUCCGGAACAAGUGAAAUCCAGCGAUCCAGAACUAUUGAGACGGAUUAACACGAAUAUGGCACGGUCUCAUGCCCUGUUCGAGUGGUCUGAUGGGAGUCUCGUGACUGCUAUGAAAGCUGGCCAAUAUUUUCUUCUGGACGAGAUUUCUCUCGCUGAUGACUCUGUUCUUGAGAGGCUUAAUAGCGUCCUUGAACCUCAUCGAUCACUCCUCCUUGCUGAGAAAGGUCCCAUUGAUUCCUUGGUGGUGGCCAGAGAGGGAUUCCAAUUUCUCGCAACAAUGAACCCUGGUGGUGAUUACGGAAAGAGAGAAUUGUCAGCGGCUCUAAGGAAUCGACUUACGGAGAUAUGGGUUCCACAGCUGUCAGAAGACGAGGACAUCUUACCAAUCCUGACGGCGAAAUUGACCUCACGGGCCACGGGUUGCGCGAAGGCGAUGCUGGAAUUCGCGAAAUGGUUCAAGAAAACGUUUCAAAGUUCCUCAGCUACCUCUGUCUCAAUUCGUGAUCUUCUUGCAUGGGUGGACUUCGUCAACAAAUGCUCAAUCCCUGACGUCGAGUUUGCACUCAUACACGGUGCAGCCAUGGUUUUUAUCGACACCCUAGGCGCUAAUCCUUCGGCAAUGCUUUCCAUGGCACCAGAUAGUAUCGGAAAGAAUCGUGACAUGUGUCUUCAAAAGCUGAGCGAACUAUUUGGGUUCGAUGCCUCCCGCAUCUACUAUCAGCCUGCCACUGUCUCGGUGACCGACGGAUAUCUCUGCGUGGGCCCUUUCAAGCUCCCGAUGUGUGCGGAAUCUGCUCCUGACCCUCAGUUCGUCAUGGAUGCCCCUACAACUGUCGCUAAUUCUGUUCGAAUUGCCCGAGGUUUACAAGUAUCAAAACCAAUCCUUCUCGAAGGUAGUCCUGGCGUUGGAAAAACCACGUUGGUGGCAUCUCUAGCUCGAGCACUUGGAAAGCCUCUUACUCGUAUCAACCUCUCAGAGCAAACCGAUCUCACUGAUCUAUUUGGGUCGGACGUCCCAGUAGAAGGCGGUGAUGUCGGACAGUUUGCUUGGAGAGAUGCACCAUUCCUGCAGGCAAUGCAACGCGGAGAUUGGGUAUUGCUGGAUGAGAUGAAUCUGGCCUCUCAGUCUGUGCUCGAGGGACUGAAUUCCUGCCUGGACCAUCGACAACAGGUUUAUGUUGCUGAGCUAGACCAGACCUUCAAGCGACAUCCUGAUUUCGUUCUUUUUGCCGCCCAAAAUCCCCAUCACCAGGGAGGCGGCAGAAAGGGCCUGCCUGCUUCGUUUGUCAAUCGCUUUACAGUCGUGUACGCCGAUUCAUUUAGCGACACAGACUUGAAGAAAAUUUGCGCAAAACUCUUUCCAGGCAGCCCUCUCGAACAAACUGGAAAGCUCGUGGACUUCAUUUCAUUGCUGAACACGACUAUCGCCCAAGACCGACAGCUAGGAAGUGUUGGUGGACCGUGGGAAAUCAACCUCCGUGAUAUCACAAGAUGGCUCCAACUAGCUGAUCGUGGUCGUGUCCAGAUUCCUACUGGCCAUUUCCUUGACACCAUCAUCAGCCAGAGAUUCCGCACGGCGGAGGAUCGACUCCUGAUCUCCCAACUUUUUAAGCGAACAUUUGGAGAGCCACCGCCAGAUAAAUCCUAUUAUCAUGAUCUCACCACGCAUAGUUUCCAAGUUGGAUGUGGAUUCAUGCAGAGAGAUCUUGUUCUUCAACAUCUCCAUGAACCACAGUUGAAGAUUACCCCGAGUGAUCUUCCCAUUCUGGAGUCACUCAUUCUUUGCAUAGAGAAAGCAUGGCCAAGCAUUCUAGUAGGACCAGCUGGAUGUGGCAAAACAACCAUACUCCGCAAACUUGCAGCUAUCAAUGGCGCUCAAUUAGUCGAAUUAGCUCUGAGUGCUGAUACCGACACAAUGGAUUUGAUCGGCGGCUUUGAGCAGAUUGACUAUCGGAGACAGAUCUCGUCGCUUGCCAAGGACUUGGAGUUGUUUCUUCAUCGCCACAUUGUCACCUCUCUUUGUUCCGGAGAGUCUUCAGAAUCGAUAUCCAAUCUCCUUCAAGUUUAUCAGCUUUGCCAAAAUGCAGAUGUCUCCUUGGACGGAUUGCUCUCCUCAAUCACCAUGCUAAGGUCGAGUUACCCUGAUCUAGAUGUUGAAGACUUUCUCCGUCGGUGCAAUGUCCUGGUGGAAGUGUCCAAGGAUGCGAAUAAGGUCGGCUUCGAAUGGACCGAGGGUGCUCUCACCGAAGCUAUCCAACGUGGCUAUUGGGUGGUUCUCGACAAUGCAAACUUAUGUAACGCGUCCGUUCUUGAUCGCCUCAACUCCCUAAUGGAGCCAAACGGUUACCUUGUUUUGAACGAGCAGAGGACGGAAGAUGGCUCUGCGAGGGUGAUCGUACCUCAUCCCAAUUUCAGGCUAUUUCUAACGAUGGAUCCUCGAAAUGGGGAGUUAUCUCGUGCUAUGCGGAACAGAUCUGUCGAGAUAUGUUUCUUGCCACACGCCAUGGACGACCAUGGUCGAUCAGUUGGACCUUCCUAUACCUGUCAGUCUCUCUUGUACCGCCUACGCAAUAUCUGGAAGUUCAAUCAAAAUACGGUUGCAGAAGAUAUCCGCGACGUGUCCUUCGAGCUUUGUCUGGACCAUCUAGCAACGCCGGACCUGGAGCGAUUUCAAGACUCAAUUCGAAAUUUCGUUUCACGUCAUUCGGAUAAACCUGUGUUGGAGAAUCUCCUUCCUACGAUCUCCAGAUACAUCGCAGUCGUGGAGGAAAACUCUCAAUGGAAAUUGCUGGCUAACAGAAAUGAUCAGCUUGUUCAUCCUCUUAUCAACGAGCCGCUGGCUUUUGUUGGAGCGACUUCUAUAGAUAAACUGAGUAUCGUCGCCUGUUUGCAAGAACUCAAACUCAGUCUGCAUCAUAUGCAACAGAGUAUGGCUCGAGCGAAUGAAAAUUCCCAGUAUCUCAAGCCUUCUCAAAUGACGCGAUUGGAGCGUUCAUUGGCCUCUGGGAGAAUACCGGCCUUGAUGAAAGACUCAACACAGCCUGUCAGUUCGUUCCUGAUUGAUUGCAGUCGGUCUCUCCACCAGUUUAUUCAAAGUCUGGAUAGUACAAUUCCCCUAUCUUCCGGCUCUCUUUCUGCUCUGAAAGCUAUUACCAGGUUCUGUUGGGAUAUCUUUGCAGCUACGCAGGCCAAGGACAUGGAUGAGGGGGAAUUUCAGACUUAUCUUCAAAUUGGUCAGGAUAUCCACUCUUCUGCACUCGAUCAAGGACCUCUCUUAGAACCUCUGGCUUCCUUCUUCGCCCAAUUCCUCGCUAGAUUUCAGUCAACGUGGGCUUUGACUACAGGAUUAAGCAUGCAGAGAAUCUGGGACUCCUGGCGACCGAUAACCUGCGUCGACAACGACCAACUGAAGUGUCUCAUCGAUCUUGAAGGGGUUGUAUCGCACUUCGCUACUGUUGCUCUCCAAGCGCGGCUUGACCUAGGUCAACUUAGUCGGGUACGAAAUUCCUUAAUCGAUGCGCAGAAUUCAGUGCUUCGAAACGGAGCAGAUGGCAAUGUUCUGGUGCAGGCCUUGAAGCAACAAGUUAGCGAGCUUGCUUCUGCUAUCAACCUCUACGACCCGGAUCAGCGUCCUCAUUUCUCCGGCGUCUUCGAGACACUCUGUCAAUACCACGACUUGCCGACCAUCUGGUCUCAGAACAGAUACAUGGAUAACCAAAUUCUGAAUAGCACUCUACCGUUACUCGCAGGUCGGCCAGCGCGCCCAUCAGAUACCUCUAAUCUCGGGUCUCUGGUUCCGCAUAUGCUGCAAAAAUUAUCCUCGUACAAUGGUUGUGAAGCGCUGCCAAACAUCGUAUCUCCUUGGAAUGGGAAUUUCUCUCUUUCUCUACUGGAGAGAUUGGCGUUCGUUGGUGACGUGACGCUUGGCCGGCUUGAAUUCCUGGAGACCGAAGAGCAUGUUCUAGCCCAAGCCCUAGCGCUGAGUUCUCAAGAAAUUGCUCUUGAUCAGAUCAGACUUCUUCUAAGGGCCUUUUCGAGAGUCUGUCUGGAAAUCAUGGAGCUGCACAGAGAUUUUUUGAACUCAGAUCGCUUUGAGCUUGCUGUGCAUGCCCUCCGGACUGUCGAGGAAAAGGGAUGGUAUGACGGUCCACCAGUCCCGGAACUUCUGCCAAGCGAGUCUCUCCCAAGCGACCAUUACUUCAGGGAAUUUGUUGGGGGUCUCUCGAAGUGCUUACAGGCGUUAACGAUGAGAGGGACAUACUCUGAUGGAAAUGUAUAUGAAGUUGGUCGUAUUUCCAUCGAAUUGGCAGUCAUUUGCCUGCGCCUUUUCGUCCCUGACAAACCAUGCGAUCCGUCUCUUGGCUUAGUUAUUCAGCGGAGACGUUAUGCUCAGCAAGUUUCUGAGCUUGCUGCUAGGGACAAGGCCAUUAUGGCAUUUGAACUUGAGUUCUCUGGCCAGUCUGUGAACUUACGUCGCCGUUUGAUACAGAAGGAGCUGCAAGACCUCGGAUCAGAACCCCCAGCUCCUCCUGUCACCCGGCCAAGCCAAUCUCAAUUAAUGCAACUGCAAGGCGAAUUCUCCAAUUUGAUAAACUCUGUUUUGGGCAGAAGACCAGACAAUUAUGGAGCUGCAGAGUUUCGGGAAUAUGGCGGCCUUCUGCAUGACAACAUUCAACGGAUAUGCCAGCGUCUCCGGUCAAGCUUCAGGUCAUAUGACGACAUCACAGUACUUGCUAGCCGAUUUCUCCAAAUGCUGGACCUGGGAAUUUCACUUGUCUUGAGCGCGGUCCCGAGCUCCUUAGAUGUCACGUCCGUACAAGCAAUUAGUGACAGGACCCCAUUCCUUGGUGGCAGGCAGCAUCUGCUGUCAAGUUCAGGGACAAGAAAAGAGGAAUUGGCUCUGAAAGUCCCUACAGAUGUACAAUUUCAGGAACUCUCAGUCUUAGUGGCGGCACAUAGCGCAGAUCUUUCAACACUGCACGCGCCUGAGGGCCUUCACGCUCUGAGCCGCAUACUCGAUUUCUUCUAUCGACUAUGGAAGACGCAGCUAAGACAUGAACAGAAAGAAGAGGCUCAGAGGUCCCAGUUAUAUCGUUACAAAGGCUCUUUCGAGGACGAAGAAGAAGCGGACGAAGCUGAGUUUCGCAAACUGUUCCCAACUUACGAAGAUGGCGCCGAAGGAGAAAGGGAAGAUUCGCGCAUUGACCCGAAGUCUGUCUCUCUUAGAUUAUCAAGACUCCAUUCCGCAAUUUUUGAGCCCGGAGAUGUACAAACAAGGGUACGAGCGCUCAUCACUGAUUCGGCUCGUCUGCUCGGGUCUGUUUGGUCAAACAACAAGUCGUCCCCAACAGCUCUACCGCCGCAAGCCCAUCUUCCAGGUAUCAUUCUUGCGCUUGAUGAUGAAAUGAAGAAAUUUGGGCAAGUUCCGUCAAGAAGCUAUAAUUUCUACACGGAUCCAAACAUUUCCGAAGCAAAGAAGCUUGUCUCGUUGGUUCUUUCGGUGCAGUCGCGUUUCAGUCAGCUCCAAACUGUCUGGCCGGAACAUGCAGCAAUCCACGAUGUUCUUGUCUGCUGCCAGGAGGUUCUUCAAUUUAGGCAUGUGGAGCCAGUUGCAAAGUUUCUAACGAAGGUGGAAAAGCUUCAUGCCCUCGUUCACGAAUGGCAGCUUGUGGCAAGCAGGGAAUAUUCGGCCGCCUCUCAGUACAACGACCUGACAGCUCUGAUCAUCAGCUGGAGGCGCCUGGAACUGGCGACAUGGGCAAAGUUACUGGACAUUGAAAAUGAGAAAUGCGAGGAAGACGCGAGCUCCUGGUGGUUCAUCGCAUACGAGGUGUUACUGGCGGUUCCCUUGCAGAUGGUAGAGACGGGAGAAGAUAUCACGAAUUAUACAAAAGAGACUGUUUCCACUCUCGAAAGUUUCUUCAAGUCGACAACCAUGGGUCAGUUCAGCCCUCGUCUACGGCUCGUGGAAUCCUUCAAAUCGCUCCUGCUGCUAUACGCAAAGGAAUCUCCACCUCUGAGCCGUUUAGUUGCUGCUCUUGAGAACUUCUUGCAGCACUAUCGGCAGUUCGAAUCUGUCAUUUCGAAGUCUAUCGAGGAGGGUAGACAGUCUCUCGAAAAGGAAAUCAAAGAACAGAUUCAGCUUGCAAGCUGGAAGGACACAAACAUUAUCGCUCUCAGAGAAAGCGCAAAACGAUCACACCACAGGCUCUUCAAGCUUAUCCGGAAAUAUAGAGAGUUGCUUGCCCAGUCCACUGAGACACUUUUGCAACAGGGUAUGCCUGAUUUGCAGGAAGCAGGGCAUCCUGUUACGAACGGGACACAUUCAGAAAGCUCGUCGGCAUCUGCAGAGGCUCUUGCUAUGUGCCAACAGCAUGACAAGACGUGGAAUAGCAGAGCUCCCAGAUUCAGAGAUCCCCAGGCCACCGCGAUGAACAUGUCGCGUGUUUACGGCAGCUCGCUGACCGAGUUUGACAUUGCCUCGCAGCUUGAUAAUUUUGUGACAGAUGCUAUUGAAACCAUCCAGGAUCUCAAAUCUCAGACCCCAAAGACUUUAACUGAGGAAAACAAAGAGACAGUGCAACAUCUCAAGGCGCAAAAACGCCGCUUCUACGCGGAUACCUUACGACAACUGUAUUCUAUGGGUGUUAAGCGGAAUGUCAGCACUGUUCUUCAAGAAGAACAGGCCACUGUCUCUCAAGUCCUUGCGACCACCUCAAAUCUGUCAUGCGACAAUGUCUCUGGGUCUGAUAAAGCGAAAAGCGCAGACUUGUAUUUCCACAGAUUCCUGGACCUCCUCCCUCGUGUCCGACAAGCGUCGCGAGACUAUUCCGAGGAUCUUAACCCUGUCGAGAUAACAAGGAGCGUGGGUUCAGCCGAAGGUCUCCUCUUAUUGAUUAGGAAACAGCGAGACGCUAUUUCUCCCGCUCUUCGUGACGUAGAAACUCUUAGGUCUACGUCGCUGAGGAUGAGGAACCUCUGGACCCAGUCUCUCUGCCAGGAGAAAGUUUCACGAAAGGAGGAGAAACAGGAUCUGAUGAGGCAUGUGGCCUGGCUGGCUCCAAUUGUCGGAGUGGGAAUCGAAAUCAUAGAGAUCCAUUCGAAGUAUUCUGCAACCGACUCCUCAAACAUCUUGCAGGAAUUGCAGGCAUGGAAAGAUCGUCUCUACCACUUGAAGGAGUCAUUAGCCGGUCUUCCUGAGCUUCCAGCAGGCAUCUCUUCACAAACUUCAGCCGAUGUCAUGGGGAAGGCUGCUGAUUCUUUGCGUGAGCUGAGCGCCAACGUGACAAACUGGAAGAACCAACGUCCUGACUUGUCCUUCGUGCUUGAGCAAAUAGCUUCCUGGGCGGAUUUCAAGGCAAACACUAGUGCAGCAACAACGGAGAUGGGGAGCAAAUUGACUCUUGACGACCUGAAGAAUGAGGUCCUGUCAGCAGUGGACAAAAUUCUUGUUGCUCUCCAGGGUGUCAAGAGUUCACUUGGCGGUUUGCCGUCUUCUACGGAAGACAAAGAUUGGCUCGCCCAGGCCGAUUCUGUCUUAAGCAAGGCCCUCAAGGAGCUACAUAUUUCGGAAAUUGCCAUAUCUUUUGAGUCAGUCCUGGGCAAACUCCAAUUUCUUCAAAACGAACAUGGUCCUGCACUUGCUUUGGCCUCUGCAAUUAUAACAAGUUUGCUUCCAAUCGUGGAGCAACAUCGGGCCAUAUGCGAGGACUUAAUAGGUCGUUUCCUCUCCGUUCAUCGGGAGGUUUGCAAGAUGUCCUAUGUUCUUGCAAAGUCAUUCACCCAGGUGGCAUCAGAAGGCUUCUGUAGCCCCGCUGAAGAAUCGAACGAGGAGGGCCAAUCUGGUAAAUUAGAAGCUGGAACCGGACUCGGCGAAGGGGAAGGUGCUGAAGAUAUCAGUAAAGACAUUGAGGAUGAUGAAGACUUGACCGAACUUGCCCAACAGAAGGAUCCUGACCAAUCUACCAAGGAUAUGGAGAAGUCUCGCGAUGCCGUCGACAUGGAUCAAGAAGAGCUUGAGGGCGAAUAUGAUGAGGACGGAGAUGACAAGGAAGAAGAAGGAGAAGACCAGGAUGAGAGUGGCUCAGAAGAAGAAGACGAUGAGAUCGACGAAGAAGUGGGCAGUGUUAACAGUCUUGAUCCCGGAGCGGUGGAUGAGAAACUGUGGGAUGGCUCUCACAAUGAAGAGCAGAAAGAGACCGAAAACGAAGAGGGCAAGGGUGUAUCUGAAUCUGACCAACAAGUUGCAUCCAGUGAUAAACAAAAGGGCAAGAACCAAGAAGAGGGUGAAGCGCAGGAGAACGAAGAGGAAGAGGAGGAAGAGGAAGAGGCUCCCGAGGAUGAGGGCGAAGCUGUUGGGCGAGAGGAGAUGGACGUCACCGAUCCGCAUGCCAAAGAAGAAGAGACUCUUGACCUUCCGGAGGAGAUGCAGCUGGAUGGUGAAGAGAAGGACGAUGCGGGAUCGGACGAAGAUGAUGGAAUGGACGAUCUUUCUGAUCUGGGGCCAGACCUCGAUGAAGGACAAGCCGAACAAGCUCAAGAUGAGACAAUGGAUGACGGCGAUUCUGCUUCACAGUCAGAGGACGCCAAUAUGGAAGGAGACGAGGAAGGAGAUUCUGCAGAAGCGGAUGACGGGAAUGAGGCCGAGAAGCCUGGGGAGGAUGAACCAUCUAAUGAGGAAGAGGAUGAACAGCAAGAUAUCUUCCGAACCCAGCGCGACGAUAAUGAUGCUGACGGAAAUGAUGUUGCCCCGAGUGAAGCAGUGUCCGGCGGCCCUGGUGCUGAUCAGGACAUCAAUGAGGAAAAGGGCACAUCUGGUGAUGCGCAACAACAAGGCGGUUCUAAGGACGCAGGCGCCCAGAUGGAGCAGCCCAAUGGUGCUACGGAAGACGGGCAAGAUCGACAGAGGGCUGACGAUACAUCCGGUGGCGCUGGCGAGCAGGAGCAAGAAGAUCCUCAGACGCAGGCCUUCAAGAAAUUAGGAGAUGUCCUUGAGCAGUGGCAUCGUCGUCAGCGAGAAAUCAUGAAUUCCUCGAAGGAGAAAGAUUCUCAGGCGCUGCCGCCGGAUACAGACAUGGCGGAUGCCGACUUCGAGCACUUAGCUGAUGAGGACGAUGUCGCUGAUACACAAGCUCUGGGACAGGCUAGCGAAGAGCAGGCAAAGGCAUUAGACCAGAAGAAGGCCGUGGAAUCGGAAACCGCAACUGCUGAUGAACAGCGCUUGCCAGAUGUCUCUGAGGACAGCAAAGAUGCGUUGGCGGACCAAGAGGCACCAGAGGAUGUUCAAAUGAACGAGGCUCCGACUGAUGUCAAUGACCAAACGGGCACGAGUUUAUCCGGGAACAAUGCCCAGAUCGGCGAGCCAUACAAUGAAAAGGAUGGUCAGCUGCAAACCAAUGAAGCGUUGGACGAAGUUGACUCGCAUCUUGCUGCAAUCCAUCUGUCCUCAUCCCUCGCACCGCGGACUUCACCCGAAGAGGCUAGGAGGCUUUGGUCUCAUUACGAGUCUGCUACAAAUGACCUCUCGCUGUCCCUGACUGAGCAGCUUCGCCUGAUUCUGGCCCCAACCCUUGCCACAAAGCUUCGAGGGGACUUCCGGACCGGCAAGCGUCUCAACAUCAAGAGAAUCAUCCCGUAUAUCGCAUCGCAGUACAAGCGGGACAAGAUCUGGAUGCGGCGGUCGAUUCCCUCCAAGCGAAACUACCAGGUCAUGCUUGCCGUUGACGAUAGCAAGUCCAUGAUGGAAAGCGGCAGCGGGCAACUAGCCUUUGAGACGCUCACGCUGGUCGCGCGCAGUCUCAGCAUGCUGGAAGUCGGCGAUCUGUGCAUCGUGGGCUUUGGCGAUGAAGAGCACGUCCGGGUUGCGCACGAGUUUGGCAAGCCUUUCUCCUCCGAGGCCGGGGUCCAGGUCUUCCAGCAAUUCAGCUACCAGCAGACAGGCACCAACGUGCGGAAACUGGUCGCCGACUCGAUUGCGCUCUUCCGCGAAGCCCGCGCGCGGCGCUCUUCGACAGGUAACGCCAGCGCCGACCUGUGGCAGCUGGAGCUGAUCAUCUCCGACGGGAUCUGCGAAGACCACGACACCAUACGUCGACUCGUCCGCCAGGCCCAGGAAGAGCGCAUCAUGAUCGUCUUCAUCAUUCUCGACGCGGCGAAAGGCAGCUCCAUCAUGGAUCUCACGCAGGCGAGCUUCGAGCCAGACUACAGCAGCGGCGGGACCGGCGAGAUGAAGCUGAAAAUGAAACGGUAUCUGGAAGGGUUUCCAUUUUCCUACUAUCUGAUUGUUCGCGACGUGCGGGAGUUACCGGCGGUAUUGGCUAUGGCGUUGAAACAGUGGUUUGCCGAGGUUGUCGAAGUAUCAUCCUAA